AUGCUGAAAGAGAGCAAAUUUAGUACUGUGCCUCCUCUGCCACCACCAAAACGGCACAGCAGACCCAGCAUUUCCAGUAAUUUAUCAUUGAGCCCAUCACCAUCGCCCAAAACCCAAGAAAUUUCUCAAGAUCCGUCGUUCAUCGACUACACAUUUCAUCUGAACAUCCCAUCGUACAUUGCCGGCAUUGUAACUGUUUUAUUAUUCGGUGCAGGUGGCCGCUCUCCGGUCUCCUUGGUUGUUAUUGCUAGUAUUGGUGCGUUAAUGCUCACGCGACCAACCAAGUCUGCCCCCACAUCCAAAUCGGUCAGCCUUAAACACCAUGCUCUACCGUCCACUCCUCACCGAGCAAGGCGAUCGCCGUCACCACAGCGGUUCGACGACGGCGAGAUACACGCGUUUAGACCAUACGCAGAGCGACGACCGUCUACUACUUCAGUUAUAUAUAGCGGGGAGGAUAUCAAGAAGAUAGACUAA